UCGAGCGUGCGAGCCACUGCGGAUUUAAUAAUAAAAGUUCGCUUAAUACAUUUCAGUUUAAAUAUGAACGAGUUUUGGAUUAAAUUUAUUACUCUGGCUGUUCUUGCAGUUCAUUUUUCGGGGAUUGAAGCGCAACUUGAACUUUACUAUGAAGAUAUUGUCAUCGAGACUAUCGACCCGGAAUACAUCAAAGACCCCGAAGCUCACAUCAACACUGACAGCGACGAUGAAGACUCCAUUUUCGUCAAUUUUACAAUCAUAAAACCAUUGCCAACGACUGCGCAAGGCCAUCUAGAGCUGAUUGGUGCGUCGAUGGGGGAGUACGUGAUGCCAACGGGAUUUGUUUUCGACAUGGAUAUCUGCGAUUUGAUAGACGAACCCGUGCUGAUCGGCCCCUUCCUCAAGAGUAUCGGUUUCACACCUGAGGACUGUCCGCCGCCGACUGGGGUUUACACCACCACGGAAUAUCGACCGCCCAUGGAGGAGCUUCCGCCAGAGUUGCGCCCUAACAAGUACAAAGUCAUUUUCGAUAUGACUGAUGACGACACAAUAAUGUUAAGGGUGGUUUUCUACGUUGAAGUUCAGUAAACGCUGGGUGAGGCAGUGAACUGAGAUGAGGGACGGCUAUCGUGGGGCAACCGCACGGAAUUUAUUUUGAAUAAUGUCAAGUUUUAUUUGUAAUCAUUUCAGGAAAUUCAAUAGAACUAAUUGAUGCACCAAAUGGAGGAGAAUUAAUUAGAGUAUCAAUUAAAUGGAACGAGGAAUGCAAUAAAUGAUAUUAAUAAGAAAGUAUGAAUGCAGUAAAGUUUAAAUUCAACAAUUUUGUUAAUUAGUUUCAAUCAAAUUUGUUCAUUAAGUUUCGUAAGAAAAAUUUGGGACAAAUCAUGGAGAUUCAGCGUCAUUACAAUUACAUUUUGCACUGAAUUAUUAAUUUUUUAAACGGCUGUUGUUGAUGAAUAAAUAAUUGAAAUUAUUUAAA